CAAACCUUAAACUCUUCAAAACACAAACACAACAACAACCUGCGACUUAGAGCUUUUUUUUUUGUUUCAAUUUUCAAACAUCAUGAACAACUACUCUUACUCCUCCUUCUCUCCCACCUCACUCACCUCUGAUCAAGAACUCUCCGUCAUCGUCGCCGCCUUAACAAACGUCGUCUCCGGUUCAACCUCAACAGAUUUUCAUCUUCCUAAUAAUUCAGCCGUUGGAACCACCAGCGGCAGCUUAGAACGAAUAGUUCCACCGGCAAACAUGGAAACCUGCCGUGAAUGUAACAUAGCAGGAUGUUUAGGAUGCAAUUUCUUCCCGGAAGAGAAUAAGAAAAAACAAAAGAGAGCUAAGAAGAAGUACAGAGGAGUUAGACAGAGACCAUGGGGGAAAUGGGCAGCUGAGAUUCGCGAUCCGAGACGCGCAACUCGUGUUUGGUUAGGAACUUUUACUACUGCUGAAGAAGCUGCUAGAGCUUAUGAUAAUGCCGCGAUUGAGUUCCGUGGACCGAGGGCUAAACUCAAUUUUCCUCUUGUUGAUGAGUCUCUUAAGCAUGUAGAGGAGCCAGAAAUGGUUGUUGAUGAUCCUUCUCAUAAUUUCAAAGAUGAGAAUUUGAAUCAGGAAAUGCAAACAGAGACAACUGUUGAAUUUGGGAACAAUAGUAAUAAUGAUUUCUGGGAUAGGAUUGGAGAAGCUGAUUUUCAACAACUUAUGAGGUUAAUGGAUUUUGGUGGAGAUUCUUCUGGUUCAAAGAACAGGGAACAGUUUUAAUUAGUUCUUUAAUUCAAUAACAAAGGGAAGAUUUAUUUUUGUUAAUGUGUGUUUAAUUAAUUAGUUUAAGAGUAAGUAAUGAUUAGCUUCCACUAGACUUUUAUCCGGGAGGGAGUUGCUUUUAAUGUUUGAUUUUGCAGAACAAUCUGCUUUGUACUUAAAGUGUGGCUUUGUAAUUUGUUCAAUUAUAAAAAGUUCUGUACUUUUUCUUCA